UGGAGGGGGGGGGGAUCAAGAAAUCGGACAAAUAGGAGACGUAAUUUGACACAAAUGAUUUUAUUAUUUAAAAUCAUCCGAAAUUAAGUUCUUGAUUAAACAAGAAACCCAUGGUAAAACUUGGAUUAAAAGCUAAAAAAAUUACAGCCUCAUUUUUGGACAUUUUUAAGUAAAAAAUGGGCUAAAAUUGCAACUUACAGCGGUCAGAUUUUCCAAAUUUUUCGGGGGGGGGGGGGGGCGCUGCCACCCGGCCAACCCCCCGGGACGGCAAAUUUUUGCGUGUCCACAGCGGCAUAAUCGUUGAUCCAGCCCUGCUUAUAAGUGAUUUGACUCAUGACUGAUAUUAGAGAAGUGAAAUCUAAAACUGUGCUGAGAUAAGCAGGAGGAGUAGAAAGCCAGCUGAGUACGUCACGUGCUUACUAAGCGCCGGCGGAGCACAAUGGAAUGCACCAACCGAACCAUCCCCUCCUCCAGUCUGAUUCAGUCUGAUAGUGGAACUGGAAAGGUCGUCAUGUGACAGUCGCAGUGAUAAAGCAAGGAAUCAUUUAAUACUCAUUGUGUUAUAUCUAGAGACUUGAGUCAAAUAUCAUGACAUUUUUUGAACUGUCCCCUACGUGUGGGUGCUUCGAAAUGCAAUUUUGUUGUACUUGCUGAUUACCAAUUGAAUUCAUCUUUUUAUUUUGAGUAACUAUUCUCGAAUAUUGAAGAGUGAAAAUUUUAUGAUACAUAGACGAAAUUCUGGGUUUGCUAAAACAUGUUUUACGACGAUCAGCAUCUACAUGGUGAAUUAUAUUAUGACGAUGAUGAUUAUAAUGAUUACGACGAUUCUUAUGGCGAAAGUGACAGUGAAGACGGCUAUUACAUGGGCACUUGUGAGCAGCUUCAGCACGACUUUACAACGCCACCCAAACAAUUAAUAUUUGCAGCAAUAGAGGACGAAAGACUAAAAGAUCUGAAGGCGCUGAUCAACUGUGUGACUCUGGAACUGGGUUUCGACAGUGUUCAUCAUGCAGUUUUGCACAAGCAGAGAGGAGCAGCAAAAUUGAUAAUUGAUGAAAUUUGUGCAGAGGAAGAAAAUAACGUCACGUUGUUGCAAUUUAUGGAACGAGCAUUGGAUCAAGGCGCUGAUGAAGUUGUUAAGUUGCUUCUGGAUGAGGGCAUAAAAGUUGACGAGGAAGUAAAUGGUCCUCUAACAAGCAUUCACAUUGCAGUAGAGCGAGAACAAGUGCGGAUUAUCCAACAUCUCUUGACUUAUGGGGCUGAUGCUAAUUCUAGAUAUUCAGAUGGUGGAACAAUUUUGCAUAAAGCUGUAGAUCAUGAAAAUAUGGAGAUUGUAAAACUGCUUUUGAAAUAUGGUGCUGAUAUUAAUGCAACAACAAAUGAUGGAUCAACAGCACUUCAUCUUGCCACUAUGCGAGGCUUUCUGGAAAUCGCUGAACAUUUAAUUCAAGAGGGAGCUGAUAUGCAUGCAGUAGGUCCUCUUGAAAUCAACGGCUCUUCAUUGUAUGGAAGGAUCUAUGAUGAUGAAUGUGAAUGCAGUUCCCAAGGAGGAAAAAUGCGAGUUGAAGUAAAGACAGGAGAUUCAGGCACACCGUUUAAAAUUGCUGUUCGAAAUCAUCAUCUAAAGAUGAUAAAAAUGUUUUUGAAAAAUGGUAUUGAAGUUGACACUCUAGAUAUUGAGGGUUACACUGCUCUACAACAUGCAGUUUUGUCAAAGUGUCCUGACGUUAUCAUGAGUAUUUUGGAAAAUCAUCCAAAUGUAAACUGUGAAAAAAAUAAAACAGCAUAUCUUUCUGCCAUCAAGCUUUUAAGGGCGAAAGGUACUACAAAUGUCAUCGCAGCACUAGAGCAAAGCGGUUUUGUUCUAGAUACUGAAAAACUGAAGAAUGAUACUGAUCUUUUGUACAAAACUGUUUGUCAUGAUUUAUACAAUGUAACCAAAUCACUGUUGCAGCAUGGCGCUUACAUCAAUGUAACAUAUCACGAGGAUGAAACUUACUUCAACAUAUUUCCGAGCCUCUUGCACAUUGCAGUAGAAAGAAGAAACAAGGAUAUGGUUCAACUACUUCUGGACUUUGGAGCAGACCCAGAUGUCAAGAAUCAGGAUGGAAGAACUCCAUUAUUUUAUGCAAUUGUUUUCUCAGAAUUGACAAUUGCCAAAAUACUCGUGGCGUCAGGGGCUGAAAAUCUCCGUGAUGAUCUGAUGAUAAUUUUUGCAGCUGCAAACUUAGAUGUUUGGUUUGUUAGAUUACUAGUAGAGGAAGGAGUUGGCAUCGAACAGAGAGCUUCCGAGGCACAAAUGAAAACUUUAUUGCCUUCUUUUCAUGAUGUAAUUCCUUCAAUUGAUUUUCAAAGUGAAUGUGAUUAUUACUUUUAUCUUGUUAUUUCAGAUUCACGAUAUGCUCAUCUUUACAAUUAUCUUUCUGAGCCUCAAAUGAUGAAUUAUUCCUAUAGUAAUAUCAUUUGUUUCCCCAAUGAUAUCUCUCAUGGCUUAGAAGUAACGCCACUUUCGAUCUCGUCUCGAGUGGGUCGUCUUGAGACAGUGAAAUUUUUACUCAAAAUAGGAGCAGAAGUUAAUGCUGCUGACAGAAACGGAGUGACAGCUCUUCAUGAGGCAGCUUUUGCAGGUCACAGCAAAAUAGUAGAGCUUUUGCUAGAAUAUGGAGCUGAUGUGGAUAUAGUAGCAGUGGGGAGUACGCCUCUGUCUUUGUCAGUAUAUAAAAGUCAUUGGAACACAGUUGAAAUUUUGUUGAAAUCUGGUGCAGAUGCUCAGAGAGGUGGAAAACAUGAAACUAUCUUUGCUGAUGCGAUGAAAUCCGAUGCUCCUGAUGAUGUGAUAAAACUUUUACUUGAAAAAGGAUUCAAAUACACCCACACUUAUGGAUUUGGGUCGGAAGUUUUAAAGUAUAUCAAUAAACAUAAGCUACACAUGUUUGAACAUAUUUUAAAUUCACAUGAAAACAUUCCUGAGGAAGAUCUGGUACUGUUACUAGAUCGUGCUGUAGAAAUUAAUUCUGAAAGAAUGGUUGGCUCAAUUUUGAAAACCAUUUUGAGACUGCAUGGAUUUAAAACAAAAUACAAUCAAGCCCUUCUUAUUAGUGCAGCAAACGGAAAUUUAAGUAUCAUUGAAAUGCUAAUGCGAUCGGGGGCAGAUAUAAAUUUUUGCAAUUUUCAGGGAUAUACUGCCUUGCAUAAAGCCGCAGAGCACAACCGAAAGGAUAUUAUUCACUUCUUACUGAAAAAUGGUGCUGCAGUAAAUUCUCCAUCAGGUUCCGAAAACCAUAAAACCUACUAUCUCUCAAGAACACCCUCACCCCUUUCAAUUGCAGCAAGAAAAGGCUUAUUGGAGAUAGUUAAAACUUUAAUUGAAUUCGGGGCAAACAUCAACUCACUAUCUGCCAAUGAGAGCUCUCCUAUUUUCGAAGCAUGUGAAAACGGCAGCUUUGAAGUUGCUCAGUUAUUAUUGCAGCAUGGCGCUAUUCCUGAUAGCAAGUUUGUUGAUGAGACACCACUUUCCAUUUGUGCGCAGAAAGGAUAUUUAUCAGUGCUUCAGGUUCUGAUAAAAUUCAAUGCAACAGUGGAUAUUGCUGAUUCAAGAGGAAGAACACCUCUUUACAGAGCUUCAGAACGAGGGUACGUUCGAAUCGUUAAAAAAUUGCUGGAAACCGGAGCAGCAAUCAAUGUAAGGACUGAAUGCGGCGAAACGCCCUUGUCUAUUGCUGCAAAAAACGGCCACCUAAAAACUGUGAAGAUUCUACUCAAAUUUGGCGCUGCUAUUGAUAUUAUUGAUACAAAAGGAAAUUCACCUCUUUUUAAAGCUUCCUCUAACGGGCAUAUUAAAGUAGUGAGACUCCUUCUUAAGCAUGGUGCUAAGACAGAUACCAAGAACACAGAGGACACACCUCUGUCGAUUGCAGUUAGUAAUAACCAUUUAAACGUUGUUGAGGAGCUUCUUAAAACAGUUGUGAAUAUCAGCACGGAGGACAGUGCCACCAUUCAUCAUGCAGUGAGGAACAAUCAAAGUGAAAUAGUGAACCUCUUGCUCCAGCAUGGCGCAGAUGUCAAUGCACCAAAUUCAGAAGGCAUGACUCCUCUAAUGAUUAGCGCUCAGCUGGAAUCUGUUCUAAUUUUUGACAUUCUCCUGAAGCACAAUGCAGCCAUAGAAUUGCAAGAUGAAGCUGGAAAAACAGCACUUCAUUAUGCAGUUAUGAAGAGUCAGAAUGGUGAAAUAAUCAAAUUAUUGUUGGAAGCAGGAACAAAUGUUGAUGCAAGGGAUGUAAAAGGGACAACUCCUCUGUUCAAAGGUGUUCUUGAUCAAAGACUUAACACUAUGCAAGAUGAAUCUGGAAAAACAGCACUUCAUUAUGCAGUUAUGAAGAGUCAGAAUGGUGAAAUAAUCAAAUUAUUGUUGGAAUCAGGAGCAAAUGUUGAUGCGAGGGACGUAAAAGGGACAACUCCUCUGUUCAAAGCUGUUCUUGAUCAAAGACUUGCCACUAUGCAAGAUGAAGCUGGAAAAACAGCACUUCAUUACGCAGUUAUGACUGGGCGGAAUGGUGAAAUAAUCAAAUUAUUGUUGGAAUCAGGAGCAAAUGUUGAUGCGAGGGAUGAAAGAGGGAAAACUCCUCUGUUCAAAGCUGUUCUUGCUAAAAGGCUUGACAACAUGCAAACUUUGCUUGAAGCAGGAGCUGACGUCAAUGCUGCAGAUAGAUCGGGGGAAACGCCACUCACUACAGCUAUGGAUAAUUGCGAGAGAAAAGGGAAUGAAAUUAAAGUGCUUUUGGACUUUGGUGCAUCAAUUCAGUCUGUGUCUGGUGAGUUAGAACUUGAACGUCGUUAUAUUGGCUAUGCAGUUAAAAGUAUCAUUUGGCAUGCCAUCAAACUGAAGGCAGCAAAUCUACAUGAGGUAGAAGAUAUAUUAGCAACUUCAGCAGCCCAGAAAAUGAGACUUGUCGAUGAUUUUCUGAACCAGUGCAAAGCCGAAGUGGUCAAAAUGGGAACCAACUACAUCCGUAAUACCAAUAUAACAUAUUAUCAAAUUCUGACAAAAAAUUCAAACGAAUUAGUUUCAUUCACAAAAAAUAUAGAGGCCGUUAAAUAUCUUCAAACUCCCAUACUCAAAAAGAAAUACCCCAUUUACGGGGAUAUGGUCGAUGCCAGAAUUAAAAAAGCAGUUCAACGGAGAGACUUGAUGCAGCAAGGUUUAAAGUGGUGUUCAAUAGUGUUCUAUCAAUAUGCAGACAUACCCUUUGAUACUAUUGAAAAAGUGUUGGAGUACUUAAAUAAUACUGAUCUAAGAAUUUUGAUUUAUGCUUGUAAACCUUUGAAAUCAAAGUUUGAUGAGAUUUCUUUUUCUAGUUUAAGUUUAGAGAGGUUGGAUUUGUUUGACUACUAGACUAGCAAGUUAAAAGCAGAAGGGGCUGGUCGAGAAAGAAAAGUCCAAACUGUGAGAAAAGAAUGUAACUAUGGAGGAUGUAAAGUCAAAAUUUAAAACUUGAAAUUAGUUAAAAUGAGUACAAAAAUUCUUCUUUUUUGAUUCUUGGAAUUUAAUAGAGCAUUAUUAUCUACCAACAUACGUACUAUUUUUCUCUUCAAAUGAUCCCAGACAUAGAAAAUCACAUUGUUCAAUUAUGAAAAGUUUUGUAGAAAAUGCACCGAAGUUUAUUUGUUCCAGUUUUAACGCUAACUAUUAAACACAGGAGAGUGAAGUGUAUUUUACAACUAGUAUUUUAUAAGUUAGCUUUAAGUUCUUUCAAAAAAUCAAAUUUUAUUUCUUUUUUAUAAAUAUUUGGCUUCUUUACAUUAAUUUUGACUCAUUCUAUGUUUCUUGAGACAAAAUUUCAAAAAAUGAAAAGCAUAAAGUUAAUUUUCCAAUGUAAUUAUCUAAUGCUGAUUUCUCAGCUUUGCAGCAAAUCAAGCCAUAAAUGUAAAACUUUUGUUCAAUUAGAUGGAAGAACACAAUAGUAUAAUAUCUUGGACAAAUUUGUUCGAAUUGUGGAGUACAUACAAACUUUUUUUACAGAGAUGUGAAAUCAUGAUUUUUUAUUUUUGUAAGUAUUAAGGAAAUGUUAAAUUUAAUGAAAUGGUUCCGUUUAUCAAUACAUUUUUUUUACACUGUA